AUGGGCUUCUCUUCUCUUCGUUUUCUAAAUCUCCUCCGCGUUUCUGAAUCUUCCCUCGCAGUUGCGAUGAUGGCUGCGCACUGUUGGCCUUCUGAUACCGAGCUAAAUGAAAUCAGAGAGAGAGUUUCCAAAACGGCGAAUGUGAAUAAGGAGGAGGUUCGAGUUGUGGUAUCUCCCUAUCGAAUUUGUCCUUUGGGGGCGCACAUUGAUCAUCAGGGUGGAACCGUUUCAGCUAUGACAAUCAAUAAGGGAAUACUUUUGGGGUUCGCUCCUUCUGGUAAUAACCAGGUUGCAAUUCGUUCUGGACAGUUUCAGGGAGAAGUUAAGUUCAGAGUUGAUGAGAUUCAGCUGCCAAAAGAUAAGAGUUUGGACAAAGAUUCUUCUGAGCUACAGGAACAAUGUAAAUGGGGGCGUUAUGCUAGAGGAGCAGUAUAUGCACUACAAAGUAGAGGAAACAAUCUUUCUAAGGGUAUCACAGGAUACAUAUGUGGUUCUGAAGGUUUAGAUUGUUCAGGCUUAAGCUCUUCAGCUGCAGUUGGAGUGGCUUACCUCAUGGCUUUUGAAUAUGCAAAUAAUUUAGUAAUAUCUCCCACAGAAAAUAUUGAAUAUGAUCGGUUGAUUGAGAAUGAAUAUUUGGGUCUGAAAAAUGGCAUAAUGGACCAAUCAGCUAUAUUACUUUCAAGCCAUGGUUGCUUGAUGUGCAUGAAUUGCAAGCAUAUUCUUCGCAACUAA